AUUAAUUUCAGAGAAAAUGGCGAUAUCAAGUUCUUGACAAAAGGUGACAAUAAUUCUGUGGAUGACAGAGGCCUUUAUAAGCAAGGACAGCACUGGUUGGAGAAGAAGGAUGUGGUGGGCAGAGCAAGAGGGUUUGUGCCUUACAUCGGAAUUGUGACAAUUUUGAUGAACGACUACCCCAAAUUUAAGUAUGCUGUACUCUGUUUGCUGGGGCUGUUUGUUUUGGUACACCGAGAAUGAAGAAUUUCAAGAGAAACACGGUCAGGGAACACACAUCCCUUUUGUGACAUGUUUUUAUGCUGUUUAUUUUUGUGAAAGUCCUGCACUUGCUCUUAGAGAUAAAGGUCAAGUUAUCAUUUUCUCUGUUCAGUGACAGUGCAAACACAAGAAGUACCGGAUGAGUUUGUAUUUGUUCCUUUUUUCCAUGUCAUACCAAAUUCGUUUUUUGUUUGAUUUGACUUUACAGCUGUACGUGCUCCAUACAUCUGUCUAACUCUUUCUUAAAGGCUACAAAUUUUGUAAUGAAUAAAACUGUUCAGCCAA